GACACUGUAAAAGUGAGCCUCAGCCAGCAUAUAUUUUGCAGGACAAUUAUGCUCUGUUUCAAUCUGAAUAUCAAGCUAAUCAAACAGGAUUGGGCUGGCAAAUUUUGGGGCUUUUACAAAUUGUAUGAUGUAGUCAGUUUACCCAGAAUAAUGCCCACAAAUCACCAUGCAAUCAUGUGAAUAGGUUGAAGAAUUACACUGAGUAGGUCUUUACUAAUCCAUUAUUACUGUACUUGGCAGACAUGGAGGACCGGGAUCGGGUUUAAGCACUAAAGAUCGACGUUUCUUUGACCCCAAAGUGUACAGAGUUAUUCUAUUUGACCAGAGGGGCAGUGGAAAGUCUACUCCUGCAGCUGACCUAAGGGUGAUUGUAGCAAUUUAUGUUAAAAUGACCCCAGAUGUAGCGUCUCAGUUAUUUAUCUAUUUGAUUGUUAUUGAAUGCCAUGCUCCAGAAGUUUUCACUCGUAUGAUGACAGCCAGUUUUAUGAGUACUGAGGGCACCGCAGUGUCCAGCGUAAACCACGUAGUUACUGACAAACCAAGAUGAGCGGUCUUCAUUGAACUCCAGGCCCAUCCUUUGAUGAUGGCAGUUUAUUGGAAGGAAAACACAACAUGGCACCUGGUGGCAGAUGUGGAGCGCCUGAGGACUCACCUGGGCAUAGAGAAGUGGGUGGUAUUUGGGGGCAGUUGGGGCUCAGCCCUGGGGCUUGCUUACUCUGAGAGCCACCCAGACAGGGUGAAAGGCAUCAUCAUCAGGGGUAUAUACACCAUCAGCAGGCGGGAGAACAUGUGGAUAAAACAAGCUGGAGCCAACACUGUCUUUCCUGAUUACUGGGAGGAUUAUGUCAGUGUGAUUCCUGAAGGUGAGCGUGGUGAUUUGUUGAGUGCAUAUCAUCGACGAAUGACAGGCGAUGAUGCUGAGGAAAAACUGCUGUGUAUUCGAGCCUGGAACAGGUGGGAAGAUAUUUUGUCACAGCUGGUGGCCGACGAAGAAGAGAUAGAGGCCCGACGACAGAAGAGUGAUGUGGCUGAUCUCGAGCAUGCCGUUACUGCGUGCCACUAUUUUAUACAUGGAGGAUGGCUGAGGUCGGACACACAGCUUUUGGAUGAUGUGGUCAAGAUUCGUCAUCUGCCAGGAAUCAUUAUUCAGGGUCGUUAUGACAUUAUCUGUCCCAUGAGGACAGCCUGGGCUCUGCAUAAGCGUUGGCCUGAGGCAGACUUCCAUAUCGUCCCAGAUGGCGGACACACCUCACGGGAACCAGGCGUGGGGCAGAAACUUUUGGAGGCUGCCGAAAAGUUCAAAACACUCUGACCAUAGCACAGUUAAGCCAUGACUGUUCUUCCUUAUUAAAACUUUAGAAUGUUUCUGUACGUGUAAAAAUACACAUAAAGGCCUUAAACUAUACUUUGGGUGACUACAUACCAGUUUUUCUGAUAAGAAAUCAAUAAAACAUUACAAAAGCUCUUAAGUGACCCAAUACAGUGGAUGAAUUAAUCAGAAUCCAGCAAAAUGAAAAUUUUAACAGCGACAUGUAGUGUAUAUAAAUAAGUUAUUUAUUCAUCUCCUAAUUAUGCUGUAUGGUUUACUGAUUCAUCUCCUAAUUAUACACUGUGGUUUACUGAUUCAUCUUCUAAUGUAUGCUGUAUGGUUUACUGAUUCAUCUCUUAAUUCUACUGUGUGGUUUACUGAUUCAUCUUCUAAUUAUACUGUCAUUUACUGAGUCAUCUCGUAAUUAUACUGUGUGGUUUACUGAUUCAUCUCCUAAUUAUACUGUCAUUUACUGAUUCAUCUCCUAAUUAUACUGUGUGGUUUACUGAUUCAUCUUCUAAUUAUACUGUCAUUUACUGAUUUAUCUUCUAAUUAUACUGUGUCAUUUACUGAUUCAUCUUCUAAUUAUACUGUGUGGUUUACUGAUUCAUCUCCUAAUUAUACUGUCAUUUACUGAUUCAUCUCCUAAUUAUACUGUGUGGUUUACUGGUUCAUCUUCUAAUUAUACUGUCAUUUACUGAUUCAUCUCGUAAUUAUGCUGUAUGGUUUGCUGAUUCAUCUCCUAAUUAUACUGUCAUUUACUGAUUCAUCUUCUAAUUAUACUGUCAUUUACUGAUUCAUCUCCUAAUUAUACUGUGUGGUUUACUGAUUCAUCUCCUAAUUAUACUGUCAUUUACUGAUUCAUCUUCUAAUUAUACUGUCAUUUACUGAUUCAUCUCCUAAUUAUACUGUGUGGUUUACUGAUUCAUCUCCUAAUUAUACUGUGUGGUUUACUGAUUCAUCUUCUAAUUAUACUGUCAUUUACUGAUUCAUCUCGUAAUUAUGCUGUAUGGUUUACUGAUUCAUCUCCUAAUUACACUGUCAUUUACUGAUUCAUCUUCUAAUUAUACUGUCAUUUACUGAUUCAUCUCCUAAUUAUACUGUGUGGUUUACUGAUUCAUCUCCUAAUUAUACUGUCAUUUACUGAUUAAUUUUCGAGCUAUACUGUCAUUUACUGAAUCACCUCCUACUUAUACUGUGAUUUAGUGAUUGAUCUCGUAAUUUUACUGUGUGAUUUACUGAUUUGUCUCCUGAUUGCAUGUACACUGACAUUUACUGAUGCCUAUAAUAGUUGUGGUUAAUGGAUUUGUUUGCCAUGAUGUUGUCAUCUACUGGUUCAUCACCUAAUUUUAUUAAUGUAUUUAUGUAUUUGCAUGAUUGACGUUCAGCCUUUCAGCCUGGAUCAGGACAUAACUAGCAAAUUAUUCAGCCAGUACCCACUUUAAUUAUUAGAGAAUUCCAGUCUUGUAAUAUGUCAGCUCAGUUUAGUCCUGACUGGAGUCAGAACUGGAGAACAUGGAAUUUAAUUCGUGAUCAUGAUAAGACAGUCAGUUUAGCCCUGUACCAAACAGUUGGCCCUUGUCAAAAUAAUACUUGCAUCGUUGCAAGACCUUCUUCUUGCCCUGCUGUUUAAUUGUUAAACAGGGCUGAUAUUCUGCAGUUCAGAGUUUGUACUUGCACAAAGCGAUUGUAGGUAAGUUGAUCGUAACUUAGGCUAUGAUUGCUCUGUGCAUGAGGCCCCAGUAAUAGACUUCUCUAUCAUAAUGUGUAAUACAUAAUAGUUACAGAGUAAUUACUACAAUUACACUAUUACAGAUAAUGAUCAUA